AUGAGAAUGGAGGUAGAUAAACAGGAAGAAACUAUGUAUGAAUUCCAAGACAAACCUUGGGUCCCAGAUGCAUGUCAUGAGUACACAUCAGCUCUCCAAGGUGGACAGGUCCCCAUCAUCAUUGAUAAUGGGUCCUGGAUGUGCCGUGCUGGUUGGGCAACAGAAGAUAGACCUCGACUCCUCUUCCGCAGUCUGAUGGCCCGGCAGAGACGUGACAAAGCAAAGAAAGAGAGUGAAGUACAAGUGGGAAAUGACAUUGUUGGCAUUGACACCAUCCCCACAUAUAACAUCAAGUCCCCUUUUGAGCGAAAUGUUGUCACACAGAUGGACAUCCAAGAACUCAUCCUGGACCAUAUCUUUACUCGCCUUGGGGUGCAGGAGAACUUAGCAGAUCAUCCAUUGGUCUUGACCGAAGCACCCUGUGUCCCCAACUAUGCCAGAGGGAUGAUGUCAGAGUUAUUAUUUGAAAGUUAUGGCAUCCCUCAAGUGUGUUAUGGCAUUGAUGGACUCUUCAGUUCUGCCCAGAAUCUGAGAAAUGGAUUGGACACUUUGGUGGUUGACCUAGGGCACCAGACAAUCCAUGUACUACCAGUUGUUGAUGGGAAAUAUUUACCUGCUGCCUCAAAACGCAUCAAUAUAGGUGGGGCCAGUUUGUCCUAUUUCUUGCUCCGUAUCCUUCAGCUGCGAUACCCAGGCCAUGCUUCUUCACUUAGUUUGUUGCGAGUUGAAGAACUGCUUCAUAAUCUAUGUGAGGUUGCAGCAGAAUACAAACCUGAACUGAUGAAAUGGUUUGACCAAGCUUAUUUUGCCAAGAAUGUGAUUAAGGUACAGUUGCCCUAUAAUGCAGCACUGUAUAAGGAGAUGAAUGAUGCUCGACAACGUGCUUUGGAAGAGAAGCGCCAGCAUCAGGUGCGACAUCUUCUUGAGAUGCAUCGCAGACGACGGGAAGCCAAGGUUACAGAACUGGAGGAGAAGCUGGUGAAGAUUGGAGAGACUCGUGAGGCAUUGAAGGAGCCCCUUGAUGAAGAAGCCUUUCAGCACAUUCUGGAGGAAGCUGGUUUCCACUCUCCAGAGCAGCUGGAAGAAGUGGAGCAGAAUCUUAUAGAACAGCUAUGCAAGAUUCGACAGAAGCUAAACAUUGAAACACCUGCUCCUAACACAGCCAAGCUUCCUUGUAAAUCUAAUACUGAAUUGGAGAAACAAGUGGUGGAAAUGCGACAGCGGAGACAAGAGUUGUUGGAUAAAAGGCAACAAAUUCAGCAGAAGAAGGCAGAAACAGCAAAACGUGGAACACGGGCUGCACGGGAACGCAUGCAGUUACUCUGGCGUCUGGCAGAAGACCCAGUCUCCGGUGAAGACCUAUUUGGUGCUAAGGAUGAAGACUGGGAUGUUUACCGACAAGUUAGUCGUGAUAACUGGGAUUCAGAGGAAGAAGAAGUGGAGUCUGAACUCGUAGAUUUGGAGAAAAUGCUGGCACAAUAUGAUCGAGCAGCAGCAGACAAUGCUUGCAUCAAUCCUCAGGAGUUAUAUCAGCUCAAUUUCGGGAUUGAGCGGUAUAGGGUACCCGAAUUGCUUUUUGAGCCUGGGAUGUUAGGACUGGAUCAUGUUGGACUCAUUGGUGCUAUUGAAAGUGUGCUACAGUGUUAUGACUCUGACAUUCAAGCUCGAUUACGAAAUAAUGUGUUUGUGACAGGUGGUCUUGCAAAAUUGCCUGGUUUCACACAUCGUCUUAAAUCAGAAAUUAUAGCCAUAUCUCCAUAUCAGUCAGAGAUCCAGGUAUCAGUGGCCAAGGACCCAAUCUUGGAUGCAUGGUAUGGUGCCACCCUGGUUUGCCAGGAUCCCAAUGUGUAUCUGACACGACAGAUCUACUUAGACUAUGGCUUUGAGUAUCUGGUGGAGCAUGCAGCUUCCAACAAGUUCUUCCCUUCUCCUGUUCUUUCUUAUCCUCUCUUGGAAUCUGAUUCCAAUCUGAUAAGGUCUGUCCUUGAUACUCUACGGGGUAGACAAUUGCAGUUGAGAUUGGUGGAAGUCUUUGUUGUUGCACACCUGGUGGUGGUGGAACCCCAACUGAAGGAAACGGGACUCCCUGCGAAUUCCUUGAAACUUCCAACAACCAUUCGCAUCUUUGAUCGAGGUGACUACUACACAGUGCAUGGAUCAGAUGCAUUAUUCACAGCCAAGGAGGUCUUCAAAACCACUGGGGUUGUCAAGAAACUCAAAUCAGGUUCAGUUACAUUGGAAUCUCUGGUGCUGAGCCGGACAAAUUUUGAGGCAUUUGCUAGGGAUCUCCUCCUGGUCAAGCAGUAUCGGGUUGAGGUUUACAAAAACAAGUCCUCCAGUCGUAACUCCCAGGAAUGGGCACUUGAAUACAAGGGUUCUCCAGGGAACCUUUACCAAUUUGAGGACAUCCUCUUCACCAAUGCCGACCAGUCAACAAAUGUUGGAGUCAUCGCAGUCAAAAUUGUUACUGAGAAUAGCCAGAGGGUGGUGGGUGUUGGUUUUGCAGACACAGGGCAGCGGCUCCUACAAGUAAGCCAGUUCCCUGAGAACGAUGUAUUUUCGAACCUGGAAGCCCUUCUUGUUCAACUGGCACCCAAGGAAUGUCUCCUUCCAGUGGGGGAUGAGUACUGCAAAGUCAAGCAGGUAGUGGAACGUAGUGGAGUCCUGGUUUCAGAGAGGAAAAGAGGGGAGUUCACAGCUCGAGAUGUCAUUCAAGACCUUAAUCGACUUCUACGAUUUAAGAAGGGGGAGCAAGCCAAUGCUGCUGGGCUCCCAGAGACAUCACAAGAACAUGCCAUGGCAGCUCUUGCUGCCCUCAUAUCCUUUCUUGAUCUGCUGGCCGAUGAGGGAAACUUCGGCAUCUUCCACCUGCAGAGCUUGGAUCUUUCUUGCUAUGUCCAUUUGGAUGCAUCUGCCAUGGGAGCCCUGAAUCUCCUGCCCAACCGAGGGGACAUGGAACGAUCUCAUUCCCUGCUCAAGCUGCUCAACCGUUGCCGUACUGCCUCAGGACAGCGACUUCUUAGCCAGUGGAUCAAGCAACCUCUUGUAGAUCUCAAUAAAAUUGAGGAGAGACUGAAUGUAGUGGAGACCCUGAUAGGGAACAUGGAGCUGAGAAGUGCUUUGCUGGAGGAGUACCUCCGUGGAAUUCCUGAUCUUCAGCGUCUCUCCAAGCGCUUUCUGCGUCAGCAGAGCACCCUCCAAGAUUGUUACCGUGUUUAUCGCUGUGUAAAGCGUCUGCCAGCUCUUGUCCAGGCCCUUGAAGGUUAUGAGGAUCAUUCUCAUGAUUUGGUGCGAGACUUUGUCAAGUUCCAGGAAAUGAUCGAGACUACAAUGGAUCUCUCCCUUGUAGACAGUGGGGAAUUUGUGAUCAAGUCAGACUUUGAUGAAAACUUGGAAGAGAUUCGAGAGCGACUACAGGAGUUGGAAUCGAAAAUGCAUGCCCAAGUGAAGGUGGUUGCUGCUGAUCUUGGCCUGGAUGCCCAGAAGACCCUAAAACUGGAAUCCAAUUCCCAGUUUGGGUACUUUUUUCGUGUCACUCGAAAGAAUGAAUUCAAUUUGUUUGGGAUGAAGGAUGAGAGAGGUCUACGAGGGAACCGUAAUUACCGACUGUUGGACACAAAUAAGAGUGGGGUCCGCUUCCACAGCACAGCCCUGGCUGAGCUCAAUACCCAGUAUGUGGAAGCUCGUUCUGAAUAUGAAGAGCAUCAGAAGGCUGUUGUCUCUGAGAUCAUCAAGAUUGCUGCUGGAUAUGGAGAGCUUAUGCAACAGCUGAAUGAUGUGCUGGCAAAUCUGGAUGUGUUGACUAGUUUUGCUGCAGCCAGUGUGUCUGCCCCAAUCCCUUAUGUACGGCCAGAGAUGCUCUCUAAGGGCUCAGGGAUCAUAGAGAUGAAAGGAGUCCGACAUCCCUGUCUCGAGGUUCAAGAUGGUAUCUCCUUCAUCCCAAAUGAUGUCUCCUUUCACAAAGGGAAGGAGAUGUUUUACAUAGUAACUGGGCCAAACAUGGGUGGGAAGAGCACAUACAUCCGCUCAGUGGCAUGUAGCAUCCUUAUGGCUCAGAUCGGCUGCUUUGUCCCAUGUCAGUCUGCAACCAUUGCCAUUGUGGAUGCCAUCCUUGCAAGAGUUGGUGCCUCAGAUUGUCAGAUGAAGGGAGUCUCCACCUUCAUGGCUGAGAUGCUUGACACUGCAUCCAUCCUAAGAACAGCCACAAGUGACUCCCUAGUGAUCAUUGAUGAAUUGGGCCGAGGCACAUCCACCUAUGAUGGAUUUGGACUUGCCUGGGCUAUAUCUGAGCAUAUAGCAAAGGAGCUGGGGAGCUACUGCCUGUUUGCAACACAUUUCCAUGAGUUAACAUCUCUGGCUGAUGAAGUGGGGACAGUUCACAAUCUUCAUGUGACUGCACUGACAUCGGAAAACACCCUCACACUCCUGUACAAGGUCAAGCCUGGUUCCUGUGAUCAGAGCUUUGGCAUUCAUGUUGCAGAGCUGGUCAACUUCCCUGAGGAUGUCAUUAAGGAUGCAAAGAAGAAGGCAAAGGAGUUGGAAGACUACCACAGUGGAAUCCUGAAAGGUACAAACCUGGAGGGAUCAGAUGAUCCUGCUGUGAAGAAAAGGAAGACUGAAAAGCAGGAAGGAGAGGAGAUAAUAAAUGAAUUCAAUCAAAAGGUGAAGGCUUUAGACCUAAAUCAUCUAUCAGAUGAGGAACUUGUGUCAGAGGUAGAGAAGUUGAAAAAGGAUGUCCUUGCCCGGAAUAACUUCUAUGUACAGGAUGUCCUUCAACGUGCCUCCCUGCCUAUUUCAGAUGGAUAUCAAAUGCAGAGAAGAAACUUACUUCAGGGUCAGUGGAGGUUUUAUUCAGUGUUGCCUGAUUUCACAAAGUGCAAAGGUCUCUUGGCCACAGUUGAGCGCCUUCCACCCAUAGGAAACAGAGAUAGGGUCAAAAGACAUUAUCCCACAAUGGUUCAUUUCUGGCUCAGUGGGUUCUCCUUCCAUCCACAUGUCAUAAGUGAUUGCCUGACCCGUGCUGAACCAUACCCAGAGGUCAUCAUGACCCAUGCUGCUCAGGUCCAUCCAGAUGUCGUAGUCAUAGCCUGGAAUGGUCAUGAAACUGAUUCUCUAGCAAUAGUGGAGGACUUCAGCACAAUGCAUGCCCCAUUAGGUGCAUUGACACCUAAUGGGGCAUAG